CUUCCAAUACUAACAAAACCAGAGAGAUUAAUUCUCUGAUCAGAUCAAGCCACGCCAAGCCAAGCCAUGGCUCUCCUAGUCGAGAAAACCACCUCCGGCCGCGAAUACAAGGUCAAGGACAUGUCGCAGGCUGAUUUCGGCCGUCUCGAGCUCGACCUCGCCGAAAUCGAAAUGCCCGGUCUCAUGUCCUGUCGCACUGAAUACGGACCUUCUCAACCCUUCAAAGGAGCAAAGAUCACAGGAUCUCUCCACAUGACAAUCCAAACCGCUGUCUUGAUCGAGACCCUAACCGCCCUCGGCGCAGAUGUCCGUUGGUGCUCAUGCAACAUCUUCUCCACUCAGGAUCACGCCGCUGCCGCAAUCGCCCGUGAUUCUGCUGCCGUGUUUGCCUGGAAAGGCGAAACUUUACAGGAAUACUGGUGGUGUACUGAACGAGCCUUGGAUUGGGGACCCGAUGGCGGACCAGAUCUGAUUGUUGAUGAUGGAGGCGACACUACUCUCAUUAUACAUGAAGGAGUUAAGGCUGAGGAGGAGUAUGAAAAGACAGGAAAGUUUCCAGAUCCGAAUUCCACUGAUAAUGCUGAGUUUCAGAUUGUUUUGACUCUGAUCCGUGAUGGGUUGAAAAUCGAUCCGAAGAAGUAUCACAGGAUGAAGGAGAGACUUGUUGGUGUAUCUGAGGAAACUACUACUGGUGUCAAGAGACUUUACCAGAUGCAGGCUAAUGGCACCUUGUUGUUCCCUGCCAUUAAUGUCAAUGAUUCUGUCACCAAAAGCAAGUUUGAUAACUUGUAUGGAUGUCGUCAUUCACUCCCGGAUGGUUUGAUGAGGGCUACCGAUGUAAUGAUAGCAGGAAAGGUAGGUGUGGUUUGUGGUUAUGGAGACGUGGGUAAAGGUUGUGCUGCGGCAUUGAAACAAGCUGGUGCCCGUGUAAUCGUAACAGAAAUUGACCCAAUCUGCGCCCUUCAAGCCUUAAUGGAAGGUUACCAAGUUCUAACUCUAGAAGAUAUAGUCUCAGAAGCAGACAUUUUCGUUACCACAACCGGUAACAAAGACAUAAUUAUGCUUAGUGACAUGAAGAAGAUGAAGAACAAUGCAAUCGUGUGUAACAUUGGGCAUUUUGACAAUGAGAUUGACAUGCAAGGGCUGGAGAACUACCCUGGUGUGAAGAGAAUCACGAUUAAACCACAGACUGACAGAUGGGUUUUCCCUGAAACGAAGACUGGUAUUAUAAUUUUGGCUGAGGGGCGACUAAUGAACCUGGGGUGUGCGACGGGGCAUCCUAGCUUUGUGAUGUCGUGUUCGUUUACGAAUCAGGUGAUUGCUCAGCUUGAGCUGUGGAAUGAGAAGAGUACUGGGAAGUAUGAGAAGAAGGUUUAUGUUUUACCCAAGCAUUUGGAUGAGAAGGUGGCGGCUCUUCAUCUUGGUAAACUUGGGGCUAAGCUCACUAAACUGUCCAAAGAUCAAUCUGACUAUAUUAGUAUUCCAAUUGAAGGACCUUACAAACCGGGUCACUACAGGUACUAGAACAAGAACACAAGAACCAGCCAUUGGGUUUUGUUCUGCUUCCAUUGUUUAAUGUUUUGGAUGAAUUCGUGUUUAGUUUAGUUGUGUUUGUUCUAUCCUCAUCGGAUCGGUGAAAUAAAAUAUGUUGGU